CAUAUAUAUGGUCUCCCUUACACAGACUCGAUCAACCAUUUUGCGGCUACACUAGCGCCCGUUUAAUGCUGAGCAUCCACGCCAUAUUCCAGUGCUAACUCGGCCUUCCCAUAGCAACUGAAUAUCUUGGAGUAUUUUUUAGUUAUCGAAGCGGGCUCUGCUAGGUAAGAUUCGCCGUUCGAUCUUUUGCAAUUCCGGCCCAAGGUUUCAAGGUAAUGCAGUCGCCUUCCGCCCUCUGGCGUAUAAAACGGGUCUACAAACUCACAAGUUAUCGUACACAUACCCUUGAGCCGCGGUGCUGGUCACCCUCAUCUACACUUUUACAAACACAAGACUACUCGGUGCCGGACACCAACCCAUUCUCUUGACUUUAAUUCCUCUUUCCCUCUACAAUGCACGCUUCCACCACUUCCAUCCUGAUAGCAGCUCUCGCAAGUUCGUCAUUGGCUGCCCCUAUCUUCCCGGACCCAGAAGCGCUCAACGCCCGGAACCUUGCCGCACGUAACGUCCUCUAUCAACUUGCAACACGCGAUACUCCUACCGCCGAUCACUCCAAGCAGAAUCAGAAUGAACACCCGAUUUCCGCACGUUCGGUUGAGCAGAAGGACGAAUUGGAUGAGCGGGAUCUUGAAGACUUCCCCCAGUUUGACGAGCGCGAUGAGGACAACUCUCUGGACAAACGCAGUCCCAUCAACGUCUUUGCUACAAGCAAGGCCUUUGCAAGAAGCGCUCUUGGUAAAGGCAGGGCUGGGAGGAGUUUUGUAACCGGCGUGGCUAAACGCGGGUCUAAGCACCUGAAAGCACUCGUAGCCGGAGUUGUCAAAGGGAAUACCGACACGGUUCAGGGAGUGAAAGAAAACGUAGGCAACCAGGACCAGCAGCAACGGUCGCUGGACGACAUCGAUGACGACAUGGACGUGUACGCCCGCUCCUUGCCUGCUGAGGAGUUUGAAUGGCAGACGUGGGAAGCACGCACCUUCCUUCCCGAACAGGUUGAGACAUCCAACGGCAAAGCUUGAGGCGGAUUUCCUGGGAACCAAAGUUUGAAGACGAGCGCAAUGGUUCCCCGGAUAUGUGAGGUUGAGGAGAGUUGCAUGCAGCGCGCGACAUGUGUACAUAGACAUUGCUUAUUGCCGCUAGUCAAGUGAAAAGGCUGUCUUCCCUCGGUGAUGCAUCCCAAUG